CAUAAAAUGACGCGGGUCGAAGGCACAAACGAUUAUUCAAUCGUUUCGAAGCUUUCAGCCGCUAAAAUGGGAUAUUUUGAGGAUGCAUUUCUCGAGGAGUUUGUGAGCAAGCCUCGAGCUCGAGCCCCUUUAAUUAAUCAUGGAUAUUAUAUUCGAAAUAAAUCGUUGGAAUUAACAUUCGAACGAGCAGUUAAAUAUUAUUCGAAGAAGGAUGAACCAUUCCAAGUUUUAUCAGUCGGAGCCGGAUUCGAUACAACAUAUUUUACUGUGAACAAAAAAUUUAAACCGCAAAAUAUGACAUUUUUCGAGAUUGAUCUUCCUUCUAAUGUUACACGCAAGUGUCAAUUAAUUAAAACAAGUGAUAAAUGUUGUCCGCAGCCAGGCUUGAAUUCACAGUUUCUAAUUAGUUCGAGUUUAGAUGAAAACAGUCUUAUCUCGGAGAAUUACAAACUAUUUGCCUGUGAUUUAUCGGAUUCAGAAACCCUAAGAAAAUGCCUGGACAAAUAUGGGUUUGGUUUUCAUAUACCAACUCUUGUUCUCUCCGAGUGUGUGAUAACCUACAUGUCGGAGAAGGAUUCAACCAGUCUUGUCGCCUUUCUCUCGGGAAACCUGGAAAAUGCAGCUUUUUUCGUCUACGAGCAAUGUCGGCCUUCGGACGGUUUUGGUGCAUUUAUGGUGAAACAUUUUGAUAAAAUCGAAUCGCCGAUUCAUGGGAUUCGGCGGUUUACGUCGACGGAGGAUCAGAUUGACAGAUAUUUAACGGCGGGCUGGGAGAAAUGCAAGGUAUACACCCUGGCGGAGGUUUACUUUAACCUGUCCCCUGAGGAGAAGAGCAGACUGAACAAGAUCGAGAUGUUCGAUGAGUUUGAGGAGUUCAUUCUCAAAUCUAGUCAUUACUUUGUACUGGUAGCUACUAAGGGAACAUGUAACCUAGUUCACGGAACAGGUUCGGUUCGUCAACUGACCCAACCUGAUCAUACCCAUCCGGAUAUAGAACUAUCUAUUCAAGUUCUAGACUCUAAUCAGAGUUUUCUCAGGUUUGGUCACAGUUUCUGCAGUACUCCAAACGGACUGUACAUGGUUGGAGGGUUCGGUGUACAGGAUAAAAAUCACAGACGAAUGGGAUCUCUGAUCAGAUUUAGUUUUGAGGAAGGUAAAAUUCGUGGACUCAAGGAGUUCAAGGACAAGAAAUUUGAAAGGAUGUACUGUGGUUUAGUGGACUGGAAAGGAAAGCUACUGAUGCUAGGAGGAAGAUUAAGUCCAAACUGUGCUCUCCAGGGUUUACUAGAGGUAGACCCAGAAACAGGAGAAUGCUUCAACUCCGAUCUACCAGCUUCUGAGUCGAGGUGGAGACACCAAACCAUAGUUUACGGAGAUUAUUUAGUUGUGGUUGGUGGAAGAGAUACAGAAAAAGUGUACAGUGAUGUGUACGCCAUGAACCUGAACACUGGAGAGAAACUUGUUGCUCAACUAGAUUUUCCAAUACUAAGUUGUUCUUUAGCUGUCUGGGGGGAGAAGAUCCUUGUUUCUGGUGGAAACCUGAACCUAGCAGAGAUACAAGAAUCUUUAUUCAUUUUACAGAUAAAAGAAGAUAGAAUCACUGUGAAACGGGUUGGAUUGAAUCUAGAACCUAGAAUUGGGCAUACUAGUCAUGUACUGAACAAUUAUCUUAUCCUGGUGGGAGGAGUUGGGAUCAGAGAUUCUCCAGGACUAGACGUGGUUGAUCUAAUAUCCGGAGAUAUCUACCGAUCCUCCCUACCUAGCUUUCUACCCGAAGAAAAGGGAGAACCCAGUCCUGAUAUUCUUAUGCUUCACAACCAUUCAUCUUUUGUCCAGGAAGAUAAGAUUAUUAUUGUUGGAGGGGGAGGGAACUGCUUUAGCUUUGGAACUCACAUAAACGAUAUUUGGGAAAUAAAUCUCAGAAAUUCCUUUCCUUUCAUAUUUGAAAGUUGAUUUUUUUUAUCUAUCUUUUUCUAAGAAAUCCUGAAAAAUUUGAAAUAAGCAUUUUUUAUUUUUUUCAUUCAAAUCCAUCCUUUCCAAUUAAUAUUCUUCCUUCCCUCUUCUUUCCCCCCUUUCCUAUUAAUAUACAGUUAACCUUUUUAUCUUUAUCAUUAGAUAUAUCCUCAAACUGCCUCAAAUUCUCAUACUUGGAGACAUUAUUGCUUCUUUUUUAUUUUGUUAUUUUUUACCCAAUCUGUGAUAUUGAUCAAAUACA